CUUAUCCUCUUUCCUUAUUGUCACUUGCAGAGGGAUAGGAGAGAGGGAGCUUCAGUCAUGGCGCUCCAGUGCGCACACAAACUUGUAGUUCCUUCGCAAUACCCUCCUGUCUCUCCCUCUGAAUCCACUGGUCAUAGCCUCAGGUUCUCGCAAUCCUGUUUGGUGAAAAGUUCCGUUCAGUUGCGUCAAAAUGGUACCAGUUUUGGUAGAGGUGUGCAGAGAUGGAGGUUGAGUGUUGCCGCCGAGGCGUUGGGGAAUGUCAAGGGAGGAUUUGGAAGGAGGAGUUUGGGACAUCGUUCGAGUGUUGAGGGGGUUAAUUCAAGAGAUUUGGUUAGGUGUCGGACGCGGCGUAGGAAUGACGACACGAAGGAGUUCGAUGACUACAUUAAUCCCGCUAAGGCGGAGCCUAUGGAAGCUAUGGACGCCGAGGACGAGGAUAUGUCUAAGUUUGACCGAGUUGUGAGAGAGGCAGAGAAAGUACGUAAGUCGCAGGAGGAGGAGUACAAGAGGACGAAGCCAGUUUUCAUGAGAGCUAUUGGCCUUGGGGAUCAGGUAGGAGAAGAAGAGGAAGAAGAGGAGGAUGAAGAGGAAAUUGAUGAAGAGGAUGACAUUUCAGAUUUUGACGACACUUUUGAAUUGGUCGAUGCAGCCAUUGCGAGCAAGAAAUCUCAGACGAAGAGCAAUGGCCGGAAGCCUGCUGCCAGCAAACCCAAGCCCGUAAUUGACGAGGACGAGGAGGAACUUGAUCCAGAGGAAGUAGCAGAUCUUGAGGAUAUUGAUGAUGCAAUUCCUUUGGACGAGGAACUUGACGAAGACGAAGACGGGUUUAUCAAUUUCAAGGAUGAGACAUUUGGAGGGUUACGCUUUGAUGACGACGAAGUCUAUAAUGGCGACGAAGGUGAAGCCAUGAUGGAACCUACUUACAGAAUGACUCUUGCGGAGCUGCUUGAUGAAGCAAGGGUGACGCCUGUUGCAGUUGAGGGUAACUUGGACAUCGAAAUCACUGGCAUACAGCACGAUUCGCGCCUCGUGAUCCCAGGUGACUUGUUUGUGUGCGUCAAAGGACUCAAGUCGGAUGGGUAUGAAUUUGCACACCAAGCAAUUGAAAAAGGCGCUGUAGCCAUCGUCUCGUCUUCGGAAGUACUACCAGCUGAAGGCUUAGAAGCCUCUGUGGUUGUCGAGGACACUAAUAUCUUGCUCUCUGGACUUGCAGGUGCGUUCUACGGGCAUCCUUCUAAGAACCUAGCCGUUGUAGGCAUCACAGGAACAAAUGGGAAGGCCACAACCUCAUAUCUUAUCCGGAGUAUAUACGAAGCGAUGGGGUUGCAAGCAGGCCUUCUGGGGACCAUAAACUACUAUAUCAAUGGCAAGAAGAAGCUCGAGGCUACCCACACGACUCCUGAUGCGGUUCACUUGCAGAAACAUAUGGCCAGCAUGGUGCAUCACGGCACCGAUGCAUGCAUCAUGGAGGUUUCCUCACACGCAAUGCACCUUGGGCGAUGUAAGGAGGUGGAUUUUGAUGUUGCGGUUUUCACUAAUCUCACCCAUGACCCUGAGGAUUUCCACAAAUCGGAGGACGAAUACAAAGAAGCAUCAGGGAAACUAUUUGCGAAGAUGGUUAAUCCGGAAAAGCACAGAAAGAUUGUGAACAUUGAUGAUCCUCAAUCUGAUUACUUUGUAACGCAAGGAAACCAGGACGUCCCCGUGGUUACGUAUGCAAUGGGAAAUAAGAAUGCGGAUGUUUACCCUCUUGAAGUGCAAUUGUCGCUGUUUGAGUCAGAGCUCCUAGUGCGGACUCCCCGGGGGAAUCUGGAAAUCUCCUCGGGGCUGCUAGGGCGACACAACGUGUACAAUAUUCUCGCUGCCGUUGCAGUCGGUAUUGCUGUGGAUGCUCCUCUAGAGGACAUAGUUCGGGGUAUCGAGGAAGUGGAUGCUGUGCCAGGGAGAUGUGAGCUGAUUGACGAAGAACAAGCGUUUGCUGUAAUUGUUGACCACGCAAACACGCCGGAUGGACUUUCGAGAUUGUUAGAUACAGUGCGAGAGUGUGGUCCAAGGAGAAUUAUCACAGUGCUGGGAUCCCAGGGCGAUCGAGACAAAGCCAAACGACCUCUGAUGGCUAAAAUUGCUACCGACAAAAGUGAUGUAUGUAUAUUUACAUCUGACAAUCCGCGAAGUGAAGACCCAUUGGACGUUAUAGAUGAUAUGCUGGCGGGUGUGGGGUGGUCCAUGGAGGAAUACUGCAAGUGGGGAGAGGAUGAUUAUUACCCACCUCUUCCAAAUGGACAUAGACUAUUUUGUUACGAAAUCCGUACUAUAGCAGUCCGUGCUGGUGUGGCCAUGGGGGAAGAAGGUGAUGCCGUGGUGAUAGCUGGGAAAGGCCAUAAUACGUAUGAAAUAAUUGGAGACAACAAAGAGUACUUUGAUGACCGAGAAGAAUGCCGAGAAGCUUUGCAGCAUGUCGAUGAUCUUCAUGCCGCUGGAGUUGACACCAGCGAGUUUCCUUGGAGAGUGCCCGAGAGCAACUAAAUGAUUUCCGGAGGAUGUCUAGAUUGCUCCACAUUCACAAGCUGCUGUAGGACACAGAGAGGGGCCUGUUCUUUUCGGUGGGUGGUAUUAUUCUACUAAUGUGGUAGAAAUAUGACCUUUACCUCAAAUGAAUACUCAAUGUGAGUAUGCUUCAGACAUGCUUUUGAGCAAAUUAAUUAGCUAUUCUGUAUCUCAAACAAUUUGAUUGAGAGUUUAGCUGUAGAUUAGCAUGUAGAUUGCAUAGGACAAAUUUAUAGUUCAGUGAUCGAAGAAGAACCGUACAGACGAGAAUCGGCUGUUGUGAUAAGGUGAGUCUUUCUGAUUCGGAAUUAAAUCAUUCUGAAUGUGCAGACGCUGACUGGUUGCUUCUCGAGCCAUCUUUUGUUCACUGCACGUUGGUGUCUCUUAUUUACUCCCAUUGGGAGAUUUCUUCUUGGAGAAAUGGAUCAUAUGACCAGCUCACUUGCGCAAGUUUACGUUCCCAGCUGGUAGGAUGAGAAAUUGUGGAACUGGUAUUGAUGAUGGUAACUCCUUACACAUCUUCAAAACGAAGGAGGAUUUCUUUUUGUGUUGUCCAGUUGGCCCACUUUGGCAGAGCUGUUGUAACAGCUACUGUAAAUCAAAUAAAAUGAAAACUUAAAAAG